AUGACAUCAGUGUUCAACACCGAUGCUUCACUGCCGUACAACCAUGACUUAUUUGAAAGCCUUAUUGUAAAAAGAAUAAAGGAUACAAAGCGACCAUUGUCAGUCAUGAUGAUCCCCGAAAUCCUGUUGCACUGCGAAGAGACAACCGAUGCACACUCGGUCUUGGCUGAAGGCAACUUCAUUCCUCACACGAUGAUCGGCCAACUCGUCCGAGCGCAAUGGGUCACUGUGGUGCGCAAACCGUUACACCACGGUAAGGUCCAAUCUGUUCGUGACAAGAAUGGACAUUUACAUCAGGCAAUCUAUUCUUGGUUAGUCAAGCAUAUUGAAGGACACCCCAAUCGGAUACAUCCACGCCGGUAA